CUAUGCUAUUACUGCAGUUGUGAGAAAACUUCUACAUCCAUCUCCUCCUCCUUCCAGAGUGCUGUCAAAAUGAGUGAAACGCCAUCAACUAAUUAUUCAAUGCUUCAGCCAAACUCCUCUGAGAGUGAACAGACUUUGUCUACACGUCACUUCAAUGUCACCGAACCUGUUGUGGCCAAACGAAUCUGUUUCUAUAAAAGUGGAGACCCUCAGUUUAAUGGGAUCAAAAUGGUCAUUAAUAAUAGAUCUUUCAAAACAUUUGAUGCCUUGCUGGAUAACUUGUCCAAAAGAGUCCCAAUACCAUUUGGGGUGAGGAAUAUUAGUACACCACGCGGGAUACACAGUAUCACCAAUCUGGAGGACCUUGAAGAUGGAAAGUCUUAUAUUUGUUCCCAUCAGAAGAAAAUUAAGCCCAUUAAUUUGGAGCGGGCCAGUAAGAAGCCAUUACCCUGGCAGAUCAGCAGGCCAGUUAGUGCUCGUCGCCGAGUUGUGCAGUUAGCCAGGGAGAAAGAAGACGGCAUUGUUCAGGAAGACAGAGCUGUCAAAAUAAGAACCCCUAAAAAGCUCCUUGUUUUCAAAAAUGGUGACAUAAGAAUCAGGUGCACUAUAGUUCUGAGUAAGAAGAACAUGCAAAACUUUGAGACCUUUCUGGAUUCCAUAAGUGAGUUAAUGCAGUAUCCAGUUGUGAAGUUAUACACUACGGAUGGCAGAAAGGUUCCUAACCUUCAGUCUCUGAUCUUGUGUUCUGGGGCUAUUGUGGCAGCUGGGAGAGAGCCUUUUAAACCAGGGAAUUAUGAUCCUCACAGGUAUUCACUACCUGCUAAGUUGCCGGGACUCUCCAAUCGUGUGUACCCCAAAGCAAAUGCCAAAUCAGAGAGCAGAAAUACUGGCAAAUGGAAGGUGUCUGUCCUCACCAGUGAUAUACCAUCUGCAGGAACCAGCUCACAGGUUUAUAUUACAUUGUAUGGGGAUUACAGUAAUUCAGGGCCUAUCUUUCUGUAUGGAGAAGAAGGGAAACUGUUUCAGAGGGGCAAUGAAGACAUCUUCACUAUUGACAUUGGAGACGUAGGAGAGCUCUAUAAAAUACGCAUAGGACACAAUAACUCUGGCGAAUCCCCCUCUUGGCACUGUGAAGAGGUGCAAUUGCAGAACCUUUACACAGGAGAACAGUUUUCUCUCCCUGCCCACCGAUGGCUGGCGCAGGACCAGGAUGAUGGCGAAAUCUGUCAGGAGCUUCCUGUUUUGCGACGGGGCCAGCCUGUUCUUCCGGUGUUUGUAAUGUAAAAAACCUGUCUUCUUUUACUGUCAGUGACUGUAUAUGAGGUGCAUGUCACAACAGGAGAGCUGUGGAAUGCCGGAACAGAAGCUGAUGUCUAUAUUUCCAUCCAUGGGGAAGAAGGCGAUACAGGCUCCAGACAGCUAUUUAGGUCGAAGAAUCCUAGGAAAUUUCUAAAAGGACAAACUGACCUCUUCCUACUUGAAGCUGUGCACCUUGGAGAUUUGUACAAGAUUGUUAUAGGACACAAUGGACUUGGAUCAGGAAAUGGAUGGUUUCUGGAGAAGAUUGUAGUCAAGGAUCCUGUCACAGACCUGGAUUAUUCUUUUCCUUGUCACAGGUGGCUAGAUCAAGGGGAAGAGGAUGGUAAAAUUGUAAGAGAACUAAAUGUCACUGACACUACCACCUUCUCUGCAAGGCAAGAGCUGGAACUCAAGAGAGAGGAAAACUGGGCUGCUGAAAGAUGGAAGUUUCAGAAAGGCAACACUCUUCAGUUCUACAACAGGCUCACCCGUGGUUUCAUACGCCUCAGUCCAGAUGGCACAGUUGAUGCACUUGGUGACAAGAAGGACAAAUAUGUGACUCAGAAUGUUGAAUUAAUCAAAUCUCUAAGUAAUGAAGAUACUCUCUGUGAGUUACAAGUUCAUGUUCAGCCAAAUCGCUGUGCAAUUCUGGAAUCAGCCCGGAGUCCAGGGCACAUGAUUACAUUCAGUCUUCAAGGCAAAGUAGCCGAUGAUACAGUAGGCUAUGCAGGACUCUCGAAAGAAUUUGUUGUGCAUGUGAAGGGUGUGUUCCACAAUGGUGCCAUAAUUCUGCUCACCACAAGUCUCUACCAGGCUCUCUGCCUCAGGCCUGAUGGGAGCUGCAGUGGAGCAGGAAAGCAAUCUGAAGAAUCCUAUUGGAAAGUGCAUAAAAUCAGCUCUGGAGUUUGCAUGAUUGAAAGUCUGAAAAACCAAAGAAUGUAUCUGAGGAUCAAGGAUGGCAAGUGUAAUGGAACAGGGACGGGUGAUGUAUACUGUCACUUUAAAAUUGAGAAGAACUUAGAAAGUGGAUCUGUGAGUCUAGAAUCUGUGCAAAACAGAGGGAUGUAUGUUGGUCUCCAACCAGAUGGCCAGACCAAGCCAGUUGUUAACACUGGAGAGAGAAACAUUUUGUUCUACCCACGAGUCAUCAAAUUUGGCAGGGAAAAGCCUAUGGGAACAUCUGCGACACCCAGCCAACCAAAGGGAGGGAUCAGAGAAUCCGAACACCAACUGGCAAAAGCCCAGAAGCCAGUGGCUCAGAGCCCAUCAGCUUCUUCACCCGCAAAGGAAAUGAAAAAUACCCAAGGUACCAAGUAUCCCCUUCCUUCAGAUGAUGAAUGGAAAGUGUCAGUGCUGACAGGAAAUGGAGGAACUCAAGCAAAUGUCACACUCUGGAUAUAUGGAGACAAAGGAGUAGCUGGACCAAUAACUCUUGGCAAGGACAACAGGGAGCAACUCUUUCUUCCCAGGCAGGAGGAUGAAUUUCAGGUUGAAAUAAAGUAUAUUGGAGAAUUCUAUAAGAUAAGAAUAGGACACGAUGGAACAAGUGAACACCCAGAAUGGAAGUUAGAAAAGGUGACACUGCACCAUGUAAAGAGCAGGAGGACUCUGCAUUUUCCAGCAAACAAGUGGUUGUCAAGAAGCCGUGGAGCUGGAGAUAUUAUAUGUGAACUCCCAGUAGAAGAAGCAGGAAAACCCAUUUAUCCAAUUGUGAGAUACCACAUUUAUGUUUACACUGGCCAUCUGGAGCAAGCUGAAACAGACUCUCCGAUCUACCUAUGUAUCUAUGGAAAGAGAGGAGACUCUGGUCUAAGACUUCUGCAUAAAUCUGAUAUGCCAGUGAAAUUUCAGAGAGGAAUGGUGGAUAUGUUUGAAAUGGAAGCUGUAUCUCUUGGAAAACUGCAGAAGGUGCUAUUGCACUGCGAGGCCAGUAACAAGGCGCAGUACUGGUACUGUGAGAAAGUAAUCAUCAGAAAAGCUGGGAAGGACGCUGAAUAUAUUUUCAACUGUGAGAGGUGGCUUCCAUUUAUGUCCCAGGGAAUAAUUCACUCAGAAAUCGAGCUCUACCCUGAAGAACUGCAAAUAAAUCAUCAGCUGAAAAUGCAAGAUGAAGCAAAUGAAGGAGACUGGAAGAUUACUGUAGUCACUGGGGGCUUCCAAACAGCUGGCACAACAGCAACAGUGUCCCUUUACGCUUAUGGAGAAAACAAGUCUUCUGGUCCUAUUAUUCUGGGAUCUGGGAAGCACCAGCUGUUUAAUCCCAACAGCGCAGAUACAUUCAAGAUUAAUCUCAAAGGUAUUGGGCAACUUUAUAAAAUCCGCAUUGGUCAUGACAACAGUGGAAAUGACCCUAGCUGGUACCUAGAGGAGGUGAGACUUGAAAGAAUGGCCCCUACCUCUGACCAGGAGAUUUGUCUGGCUGUAGACUGCUGGCUAGCUGAAGAUCAGGAUGAUGGAGACACCUGGACAGAAGUAGCAAUUGGGAUGUCUGAAAAGGAGCUUUUGUCAAUGGUGAUUUAUGAACUCCAUGUAUAUACUGGGUCUAAACUUGGUGCUGAAACAGAUUCUAAUGUAUAUGCCACCCUCAUUGGAACGAGAGGAGAUUCUGGCAAGAGAAAGCUGCAUAGAGCUAAGAAUAAUAAAGUCAAGUUUCAGCGUGGACAGGUGGAUAUCUUCUUCAUAAAGGCUGUAUCACUAAGAGACCUGAAGAAACUUGUGAUUAGCCAUGAUAGAACUGGUCCAGGCAAUGGAUGGUUCCUUGAUAAGGUGGUUGUCAAAUUUAAAGAGGAAGAUGAUGAUCAAGAAGCUGUGUUUCCCUGUAACAGAUGGUUAGAUGAAUACCAGGAUGAUGGGAAGACCGAGCGAGAGCUAAUUGCUAAAAAAAAUGGUAAUUCACAGAAGGCAUCCACCAAAGCACGACAAUGGAGAGUGCAGGUUAAAACUGCCAGAGAUUCCCCAGAGCCACAGAAGUGUAAAAGAACCCUUGUGAUUUAUGGCUCAAAGGGCAAAAGUGGUGACCUUCUCCUUUCUCCACAAAGCCCAGAAUAUGUGUGCUUUCUACCCAGAGCAACGGAUGAAUUCCUUGUUGAAACUGGAGAUGUGGGGGAUGUGUACAAGAUUCGGGUCAGCUGUGAUGAUUUGCCAGGCUUUGAGGGCUGGCAUCUGAAGUCCUUUCACAUGCAAGAGCUACAUACUAAACAAGAAGUGAACUUUGACUGUAACUGCUGGCUCUCUGUUAACAGAGAAGACAGAGAGCUGGUGAAAGAAUUCCCUGCAGUGAAUGAGAACCAGAAACCUUUACCAGUCCACAAGUAUAUUGUCUCUAUACACACUGGUGACCACUGGGGAUCAGAAACCUUUGCAAAUGUUUAUAUCACUCUGUAUGGCGAAAGAGGGGACACAGGUGUGAGGAAACUGCACGAAUCAUUGGUAAAAGGAGGAAAAUUUCAAAGGAACAAGGUGGAUUCAUUUUUAAUAGAGGCAGUUUCUCUGAGCCAUUUACAAAAGGUAGUUGUAGGACAUGAUGGAGAAGGAUAUGGGACUGGAAUGUACCUCAAGAUGAUAACAAUCAAGGAAUCAGAGGACUCAGAUAAAGAGUGGAUCUUUCCAUGUUGGAACUGGCUUGAUACUCAUCUGGGAUUAUGUGAGACUGUUUGUGAGAUUAUAACAAUAGGUAAAAGAUUGAUUUCUAGUCCUCAACUGCCUCAAAUCAACAUGCAGUCCUCAGGUCUGUGGAUAAUGGACAUCAUUGGAUCUGACGUCAACACUGAAAUGGAUCCAAUACACCUUUCUUUCAUCUUUUAUGGAGACCUGAAUCACACAGAGUUGGCACUUCAAAUUACAGGAAAAGCAACUCAAAUCAAAGAUGAACUGGCAGACAUUGGCUCAAUAUACAAGAUUCAGAUAACUGGCCCACACAGCAAGUUAAAUCAGCCUUGGCACUUAGACUUACUGCAUAUGAAGCACACAGGCACGAACCAGGAGAUGUGGUUAGCUUUCAACUGCUCGUUCAAAUGUAAUGAAGACAAAUGUGUGGAACUGCCAGCUCUCUACGCAGACCAGGAUCCUUUGCCUGUUGUGGAAUAUUCCAUUCAUGUGCACACUGGAGACAUAAAGAAAGCAGAUGCCAGUGGAGAGGCUUAUCUUCUUAUUCAAGGAGCGAGAGGUGACUCUGGGAAAAGAUGGCUUAAUAAUUCAAGAAGUGGACCCAUCACUUUUGCCAGAGGCCAGGUGGAUGUUUUCAGAAUCAAAGCAGUUCACCUUGGCAAGCUGAACCAAGUUCUUGUUGGAUUUAAAAGUUUUAAAAAAGAUGACUGGUUCUUGGAAAAAAUUGUUAUAAAAGAAGAAAGUUACCCUUUUGCCACUCACAUCUUUGCUCACCAUGACUGGAUCAGCAAACACUCAAAGAAAGAUUUUACAGAACUAGAAAUUCCAUUGAAAGGUAAUGCCAACAAAAUGUCUUUUGCUUACACAAGUUAGUGUCGCAUGACUAAGCACUGUUGAGUAAAUUACAAUUUAUAAAUUAAUGUAAUGAUUUAUGGUGACUUAUAAGAAAGAUAUGUAUUCUGAAUAUAUAUUUCUUCUAAAUAUAGAAAUGACUGUGACAUCUGAUCCAGUAAAAUACUUUGCACUAAAAGCAGAGGACGAUGGCAAAUGUGGGUGUACUGUACACACAUACCAGAAAGAGUUCCUGAUAUUCAAGUUGUUGUGUUUGGAACAAAAGGGAAAUCUGCUGCACAGAAGGUUCAGAAUCUCAAAAAUGACCCUUUUUUGCUGACUGUUGAUGAUAUUGGUGAUGUAACAAAAGUUUCCUUCGUGUUAUCUGGCCCACCUUUAGGAAGAGGAAUUAAACUUCACAAGCUUCGUCUGAAAGAUCUGGACACUAAGCAAGAACUGGGCUUUUACAGUGCAGACCAGUGGCUCUUUAAAGAAGAUGGGUCAGAGACCGUGACAGAGCUAGCAGCAGUCAGACCAGAUAAGGCACCGCUCAGGGAAGUUCUUUACUUGGUCAGUGUUCACACAGGAACAUUACCUGCAUCAGGAACUGAUUCAGAUGUCUUUAUUACAAUAUUUGGAGUGAAUGGAGACUCCUGCAAAAGAAAACUUAGGCAUUCUAGGUCACAUGCAAGUUUUGAAAGAGGUCAGGUUAAUAGCUUCACUGUGGGAGCUGUAGACCUCGGAAUGUUAAUCAAAGUGCUAGUUGAACACAAUAAUAUGGGUUAUGGAGCUGGAUGGUACCUGGACCGAAUCACCAUCCAAGAAUCAGGCAAGAGCGACUGCCAAUAUGUAUUCUCAUGCCAGCAAUGGUUAGACAGCGGAGUUGGUGAUGGACGGAUGGAACGAGAGUUGAGACUUCUUGGAAAAGUGAGAAAUGAGAGAUUGGCAGGAAAUAUUCAGGGGACUUGGGAUGUCAUUGUUACAACUAGUGAUGCUUCAAGCAUGAGCCCUAAAAUGUCUUUAACUAUUUGUGGUGAAAAAUGUGCAAGUAUUCCAGUCUUAUUUCCCAAAGGAUCCCUUAAAAAGGCUGAGAUUUAUCAGACGUCAGUGGAACUAGAUAAGAAAUUCACCUCUAUAUGCAAAGUUCGCUUGGAAAUAGAAGAUGCCAGAAAUGGAGAGAUCUGGCAUUGUUGUGAGGUGAAACUUCAACACAGAAAAACUAAAGAAAUUCUAGAAUUUCCAUUUCUUCGGAACUUUGCAGAUGCUGAGGGAUGCACAGUGGCUGAACUUCCAGUUCUCACAGCUGGUUUUCAUUUUUCAACAGUAAAAGAGUAUGUUCUGUACAUUACUACGGCUGCAUCCUUGGAGUCAGGAACAGAUGCAGAUGUGUAUGUCACUCUACGAGGGCUCUUGGGAGACACGGGAAGAAGAAAAUUGACAAGGAAAGGAGAGGAUCUUUUCACCAAGGGAAAGGUGGAUGUUUUCCGGGUGGAAGCAGUAGAUGUUGGGUCUCUGCAGGAGCUGGUUGUAGAUAAAGGAAAAGGCUCUGCCUGGCAGCUGGAGAAGAUUAUUGUGCACGAGCCAACAUUUGCUGGGACAAAGACACUGUUUAUGGCUCAAACAUGGCUAAAAGAUGGGAAAAAAUCUGCCUCAGUAACUCUAAAAGCUACAGAAAUUCAGGAGAGGAGGAACACAGCUGUCUUGCCGUUAAAAAAACAGAAAAUGAAAUCAGAAGGCACAUGGAGAAUUUAUUUCACAAAACUCCGUGAAGAAACAACAGAAGAAUUUGAAAAGUCCGUGAAGAAUAUUUCUAACUUGGUCAUGUUUUUUUAUGGAAGCAAUGGCAAGUCAAACCCAAUUACCAUGGCAAACAAAUUGCGCCGUCAAGCUGAGGAUCAAGUAACAUCUGAUGUACAUUUCCCGUCUGACUUAGGGAUGCUUUAUAAAGUGAGAUUUGGGCUUCAGAGUUUGGGAAAUAACACAUCCCAGUUGUCUCUUCAUCACUUUAAAAUGCAGAACACAGCAACCCUGGAUACCUUUAGUCUCUCCAUAAAUAAAACACUUUCUUCUUCUCUUAAUGGAGACAGAUGGAUUGAGCUCCCUGUAGAGUGGCCAUUAAAAGCAGCACUUUCUGUGAUUACAUAUCAUGUAACAGUGUUUUCCAGCAAUGUUUUGAACAAGAGGAAUGUAGUACUUGUGACUGUGUGUGUGUGUGGAAUCAAUGGUGACACAGGAGACAGAAUCCUUUGCUGGCCAUUGCAGAAUCCCCAGCAAGGAGAGGACAAUGAGUCAUUUACAGCUCAAAUGGAUGCUGUUGACCUGGGAGAACUGCAUAAAGUUGUCCUCUCCAUCAGCAGCAAAACAAACUGCAAACUGGAUGUUAAAACUUUACAUUUGAAGGAAGCACUAAAACAAGAACCUGUCUACAUAUUUGAAGUGAAUGAAGUGUUCUCUAUGGAUGCCCAUGAACCUGAAAUAAGGAGAGAGAUCCCAGUAUCUUUUGUGAGCAGGGAAGGAGUUAAACUCAAAAAUGAAAUAGAUCACGCUUUAAAUAAGGAAAAAAGCCCCCCGGAAAGUCUGGUAGAAUACAUAAUUAAAGUGUAUACUGGUGACAAGAAGGGAGCAGGAACUGAUGCCAAUGUGCAUGUAAUUUUAUUUGGGGAUGAGGACUCAUCUGAAUUAGUUCAGCUCACUAAACCACUGGAACAUCAAGAUCCUUUUGAAAGAGGAAAGUCUGACAUAUUCAAGAUUAAGACAAAGAGUUUAGGAAGACUGCGUUCUAUAAAAUUGGCCAUGAUGGGAAAGGAUUUGCAAGUGGCUGGUUUCUGGAAAAAGUAGAAAUCACAGAUUCAUCUACAAAUGAAGUGUAUUGCUUCAACUGCAGCAGGUGGCUUGCUGAGGAUGAAAAUGAUGGACGCACUGUAGUGCAGCUUUAUGCAUAAUUGUUUUCUAGGAUUCAUAGUGAAUAUGCUGCUUCUUCAGAUUCAUGCUGAUUUGAUUUAUUUGUAUUUUAUAAUGAUGAAGAUACUGUAAUUAUUAUGGAGAACUGUCAAAACAAUAGAUUAAAAACAUCAGUGGAGAUUAAACAGGUCUAAUGUGAACAACACAUUGCAAUCCUACUAGGAAUUCUUAUCAGUUUUGCACAAUUGAACUGUAAAUAAAGCAGAAAUUUAGAGCUAUACCAUGGUUUUCUGAAUUUGAUAUGUGCAUUCACAGGAUGGGGUAUAUGUAGUAGCAUUUAGGAAAACAAUUUGUGUUCGGUGAUUUGUGUAAGUGUGUUCAUCAUAGUUAAUACUUGCGUAAAAUCUGUUUCAGGAUCAAUAUUUAUUAAAAUUUCUAUUUUCUCAUGAUCACUUUUUAAACAAAACAUACACCUCUUUCAUACCACCAUGCAUUUUGUGUCCCAUUACUGCACCUGCACAAAACUAACCCAUGGAAAAAAUUGUCCUUUUGGCUCUAUCUUUACUGAAUAAUUCACACCCAUUAUUUAGUUCUCCCUGUGUGUGCAGGCCUCCCAUUGAGAUUUGAUGCAUAAUCUUUUGAAGAAUAUUGAUACAGGAACCUUUAGAUCCCACGGCUCUACCUACUGAGAAACCUACAAGAGAAUUUCCAUCAGCUGUCAUUACAGUAGUAAUAAUCAUUACAUCCUCUUUCUGGUUUUUAACUACUGUCAAAGAAAAAUCUUAACACCUUCUCUUUCCCACAAUUCUGAAUUGCAACAUGCUCAAAAUAAUAAUAAUAAAUAAUGCAUUUAUGGCUGUAUAUGUUGUUAUUUAUGAAUUCACUAUCUGUUUAUUUUGACUUUACCAGUGUUGCUGCUUCUAGUGUUCAUAGAAUAGAUGGGCCUAAAACAAAAUCACGAAUUGAACACUCCUUGAUCAGAAUACAAAUCCAGUUCUAGAUGUGAAUUUUGCAAGGUGCCACUUCCUUUUUGAAGGUCAACCCCAAAUCCUGGAUCUAAAACUCCUAAACUUUGGGUAUGUCUACACUGCAGCUGAGAGUGCACUUCCCAGCAUGUGUAGACAGACAUUCUAGCUCUGCUUGAGCUAGUUUAACCCACACACCUCCUGGGUGUGGUGUUCUGUCCCAUCUGGUGACACUGAGGCCACUCAGAGAGAGAGAAAGAGAUUGAGUUUGCUCUACAGCUUUAGCUAAUAGCCAGUUGGCUUUUAGCUCAUGCACUAAGCUCCAGAGGUGCCUGGUUUGAUCUCGCCUGCCGACGACCAGGAUCUGUCAGCGUUACAAGUGGGGGCUCAUCUGGGAUUUCAGCUGGGAAGUCUCUGACGCUUGGGAGGUGCUUCCUCAUCUAGGGAAGCAUGUAACCCACACACCUCCUGGGUCUGGUGUUCUAUCCCAUGUAGUGGCACUGAGACCACUUAGAGAGAGAGAGAGAGAAAGAUUGAGUUUG